UGUUAGGUAAUUCGUAUUGUUUUGUUAUCUGCCGUGAAAACAAAGAGUUUUUAGCUUUUUUUCUUGAUUGCGUCAUUUGUUGCAAUUAUUACUCAUCAGAAUCUUAUAGCUAUGCAACUUAAUUUACACAAAGGUCAUAUAAUAAUACAGGUUAUGUAAAAUAACAACAUAUCAGUACCAAUGAAUUGAACAUGUGUAACGUUUUUCAAUGUCAUGUUUUUGUGUUGUGCGUCUUUUAGUACAAUAAAAUCUAAGAAGUAGUGAUUAAUAAUGGAUCAAUUACCGAGUUGUUCAUUUACCAAUCAGGAUGACAUUGAAGAAUUAAAAAGCAUAGGUGUUAAUGUAUGGGGACAACAACAAGAAAUACUUGAACAGCAAGCUCUAGAUGAGUUAACAACAUUCAAUAACAAUCGCAAAUUGGAAAAUUCAAGAGUUGAAAAUGAUAACAAAGAAGUUCAUUUAACAAAAUCAGUGGAUGCAACUACAGUGAAUGCUACACUUGAUAUUAACUCAUAUCUUAAAAGACAAGAAGAAUUAAAGAAGAGACAAGACUAUAAAAGAUCCCUGGAGCUUUCUGACAAAUCAAAAUUAAUUGCUGAUCAAAUAAAUAACAAACAAAUCAAAGUUUCUAACAAUUUACAUCAUAAAAGUAGAAAACAAGAGAAUACCACAUUAAGAAGGAAAAGAUCAGCUACAGAAAUUGCAUGUGAAAGUAUUAAAAAUGAAAAUGAUUCAGAUAAAUCUGGUAGUGAUUAUGUUCCAUCAGGAGAAGAUAGUGAUUAUGAACCAGGCUAUGGUGAAAAGAUUGAUUCAGAUAAAACAAGAACAAAAAGAAUAAAAUUGAGUACAAAUCAUAAACAGAAUUCUACAAAAUAUGAUAGAGUAGUAGAUGAUGGAAAUAUUAAAUGCUACAAUGAGAGAUUGAAUCAGUAUUAUCAGAAAUUAGAGCUUGAUAAUAAACAAGCUAUUGAGAAUGGCACAGAGCUGCCUGAAACAGAAGUUACUCUUGGUAAUAAUGCUAAAUGUUCCAGCACAAUAUGGAAUGCAUUAUAUCAUUAUCAGCAAGAAGGUGUUGAUUGGUUAUGGGGCAUUCACGAAAAAGGCACUGGCGGACUUUUAGGCGACGAAAUGGGAUUAGGCAAAACUGUUCAAAUUAUUGCAUUCCUUUAUUCUCUUAAUUACACACGACGUGUUUCAAGUUAUGGCGGAUUUAAGGGGUUGGGGCCAACAUUAAUUGUGUGUCCUUCAACAGUCGUCCAUCAAUGGGUAAAGCAUUUUCAUGAUUGGGCACCUGAAUUUAGGGUUUCCAUUCUUCAUCAAUCAGGAUCAUACACAGGCAACAAACGUAAUCUAAUAAAAGAAAACGUUGCUUCCAAAGGCAUUUUAAUCACGACUUAUCAAAGCAUGCUCAAGUACAAGGCUGUUUUGAUUCAACAGUUUUGGCAUUACAUUAUUCUGGAUGAGGGUCAUAAAAUUAGAAACCCGAGUGCAAAAAUAACUGAAGCGGUGAAAUUAUUCAAAACACCACACAGAUUGUUAUUGACAGGUUCGCCAAUGCAAAAUAACCUGCAGGAAUUAUGGAGUUUAUUUGAUUUUGUUAAUCCUGGAAUGUUGGGCACUUUACAAGUGUUCAUGGCGCACUUUGCUAUGCCAAUUAUGCAAGGGGGUUAUGCAAAUGCCUCAGCUAUGCAGGAAGCACUCGCGCUAUCAAUGGCAACAGCUCUUAAAAAUAUGAUAACACCGCAUUUGCUUCGUCGUGCAAAGAUUGACGUUAAAGAUGAUAUACGACUUCCAAGCAAAAGUGAACAGGUUUUGUUUUGUUCAAUAACACCAGAACAAAGAGAUUUAUACAAAGGAUACUUGAUGAGUGAUCAUAUUAGAAAUCUUUUGGGACGCGGUAGUAAUAAAUGGUUUUCGGAAAAUUACACACGAGGAAAUGUUUUAAUGAGUAUAACAAAGUUGAGAAAAAUAUGCAAUCAUCCAGAUAUUUAUCUGAAUGAUAUAAACGAUAGUGAUGAUAAUAUUGAAGAUUCUAAUGAAAAAGGUGGCCAUCACAAACGUUCAGGGAAAAUGAUUGUAGUCGCGGCAUUGUUAAAAAUGUGGAAGAAACAAUCACAUCGUGUCUUACUAUUUACUCAGAGCCGAGCGAUGGUAGCCAUUUUUGAAAAAUUUCUUACAGCUAAUGACUAUAAAUACUUAAAAAUGGAUGGAGGCACCAGUAUAGUCUCACGACAACCUUUAAUUGAUAAAUUUAAUAGUGAUAAAUCAUUAGACGUGUUUCUGCUUACUACUAGAGUCGGUGGUCUGGGUGUCAAUUUAACUGGCGCAGAUCGUGUGAUUAUCUACGAUCCUGACUGGAAUCCAGCCACUGAUACACAAGCCAGAGAACGCGCGUGGCGAAUUGGUCAGGAUAAAGAAGUUACUAUUUACAGAUUAAUUGCAGCUGGUACAAUCGAAGAGAAAAUGUAUCAACGUCAAAUCUGGAAACAACUGCUCAGUAAUAAAGUUCUUCUGGAUCCGAAAACGCAACGGUUUUUUAAGAGUUCUGACCUUCAUGACUUGUUCUCAUUGCAAGAACAUGUUGAUACCAAUCCGGAAACAACAAAUAUUUUUCAGAACUCUAGAAUUUCAAUGGAGGAAAAAAUAAAAAAGAAGAAAGGAAAACGAAAAGCACCAGCUGUUCAGUUCACUGAUGAUAAAAUAGAGAAAAUGAAACAAUUAGCUGCUCAGAUAGCUAAAAAUAUAUCGGAAACUACAAAAACAAAUACUGAUAAUUUAGAUUUAAUGCAAAAAGAUUUAAUGGAAGAGCGACAAGCGAAAUUAGCCGAACGCGCUCAACUUAAAAAGCUCACACCAGUUGAGUUGUUACAAUACAAUCGCGAUAAACUUCUACCUGUAGAAGAACCCGUCAAUCAAUUGGACGAUUGCGAUACCGAUGUGAAUUUCACGAAAGCACUUGUAAUAUCUGAGAAAGCAGCAGAUUUGUAUAAAACAGCGAAAGAAAACUCGAAAAACAUCAAUGCAGCUACAGAAGAGUACAAAUCAUUGACUACAGCUUUCGCCAAACCAAAGAAAGAUAAGAGUAAACAUAAAAUUCAAGAUGAUUUUAGCGGUAAUGUUGAAGGUGAACAAAUAGAAGGUGUCGUUAAACGAGAAACAAAAAAAGUAGAGAAGAAAAUCAAGCCGGUCCACGAAGAUGAAAAGCAAGAUAAUUAUAUUCUGGGUAAAUUAUUUGCAAAGAAAGGAGUACAGUCCGCAUUGCAGCAUGACAAUAUUGUGCGUUGUGCUCCGUCUGAAGUUACAAGUAUUAAGGUCCACAGCGAGACGCAAAUGCGCACAGAUCUUGCUUUACAGGCUCUGAGAAAGAGUCGUAUUAGCAAUUGGAAAUGGUGAUAUUCAUAACAUUCUUUUUGUAUAUUUAUAUUCCUAAUAUUCUUGUUGUUAAUAUUCAUGUUAUUGAAAAUGUUUAAGUGUUUUAUGAAGGAUAAAUCAUUUUUCCAUA